AUGCUUCGCACGAGUGAUGCACAUCUGGCGGAUGCCAGGGAGGACCGGCUGCAGCGAGCACUGCAGGAGAACCGUCAGCUGAAACACGAGUUGCAGGAGCUGCGGGAGAAGCUUAAAGUUGUCCAGGUGAAGUUCUACAAACUGACGAAGGAUUUGAAGCGUGUCUCACCGGAGAUGCUGCAGCAGCUGGACGACAUCACCGCCACCACGCUGCCAACAGUCCGCCCUGCUUCCUCGGGAGACAUCCGCGCACACUCGCUCCGCUUGCCGGGGGCCAAAAAAUUCACGAGACGGGGGUUUGCAACGUCGCUGCCUCACUUAGAUGCCAUAAAGACCGGACCCACGCACGCUGAAAUGGAGUCGAAGGAACUUCAACGCUGCCGCGAAGCAUUGCAGCAGGCCCAAUUAGAAAUUGCGUCGUUGCGUGCGGGUGCACCACAAACCACGGCAGUAGCGGAAAAUACUACCGGCACCGUCACACCGGUAUUACCAUCAGCAUUGCCACCCGCUGUCCGUCUUGUUUUGGAUCAGCUACGCCAGGAUAUUGCGCGCGUAACGGCUGAACGGGACCAGGUGAGUGCGGAGUGCGAUGCCCUUCGCGAGCAGUUAGCCCGCACCCGCGCGGAGUUUGAAAGCGCGCAUCUUCUGCAGCGGCAACAGCGUUCCUUUGAGAAGCACUCAUUUGACGUCCUCAACGAGAGGGCUGCGACGGCUGAAAGCGCGCGGCAUCAUUCGGAAUCGGAGUACCGGAAGAUUAUUGAUGCUCUUACACGAGAAAAGGAUGCCUUGGCGCUGAAGCUUCGUCUUUCAGAGCAGGAGAACUCUGAGCGGUUCAAGGAGCUCUCUUCCGUGGACCCCACGGUGCUCAUACAGUUGCAGAAUGAGGCGCAUGACAAGUCGAAGCAGAUUACGGUGCUGACUAGUCGGAUGCAAUGGGCCCAGCAGCAGGCAGAAACGUUAAAAUCGGAAUGUUCUCGUCUUGUAGAGGAACUUAAGCGGUUUCAAUCCAUUCAUUCGGAAACCAAAAAACAGUUGUUUGAGGCUGAACACGAUAAGAGUUUAUUGCAGGUUCGCUGUGCGAGGCUGGAGGAGCUGGAGGUGACGCUUCGGCGCAAGAGCGAGGAACUGAUCCACAUGGAGCAAGAGCUGCUUCGAACAACGGGAACGCUUCAGAGCUGCAACCAGGAGACGGAGGAGGCAGUGCGGCGGGAACUUUCUUCUCGUAUUGCUGAUCUGCAGGAAAUGCGGGACAAUGCCGAGCUGCGGCGACGUGAGAAGGAGUCGCAGCUGCUCGAUGCGCAGCAUCAGCUUGCCGAGUUGAGACGACAGUUGGAGUUGGCCCGCGGGGAUGCUGCCAUGUACCGCGAACAGUUACAGAAGGCGGAGAUGGAAAGAUCGGAAUUAACAACUCGGGCCGCGCUGGCUGGUCGCGCCGUUGAGGAUUUGGGGGAUGAACACGUGCAGCGCGCACUUACGGUGGCAGCGAUGCGAAGGACGUCAUCGAGGCGUUUGGGUGAAGCCGGUGAGGCGGAAGAGGUGCUCGACAUGUGGGAUGCGUUAAAAUGGGACGAGAACUGGGAAGCCGAUCAACUACGCGAGGCGUUGGCGAGUGCGGCACUCGACAUGGAACUUGCGAACACGCGCUGCUCGCAGAUGAGUACUCAGAUUGAGCAGAGCCGCUCUCUUCUGCAGCAGAUCUCACAGGAACGAGAUGCUCUCUUGGAUGAGAAUAUAGAAAUGCGCCGUCGGCUCUCACAUGUUCAGACCGUUUUCGCAAAGCAACAGCUUGAGGCAUAUUCUGCAUCGAAGGCACGCGGAGUCGAUUCCGCGCAUGCAAGAUCUGGUCUCAUUUCUUUUCACAUACAAGAUGUGGAGUGUGAUGAAGUUCUUCUCCGUUCCCUCGGUAUUGGGGAGGCGGCUGGGGCUGCGGUUAGCUUCUUUUUUACUCUGGAUGGGUUGCAGUCAUACGAUACCAUGCUGUCACCAACCUUUUACUCCCUGUACGAGCCGCUUGAUAUUCGGUUCCACUACGAUCACCUCGAUAGAGAUGAGGUUACGGUGGAUGCGAUUAGAAACACGACAUUUGUCUUUCAGCUUCACCAGGUGAAGGGGACAACGAACACAAUUGUCGCUAUGGCAGAAGUCCCUGGGGUGGCGCUAUUGUCGUGUCGCGAACUGACAGUCUCGGAGAGGGUUCAGAUGUUGAAUGGGGACGGGGAGCCGGCAGGCGCCAUCACAGUUGAGAUGUGUGCAUCCCACCUCAUGUUACCUGUCCUGCUUGACCGGCCACUAGGCAGCACCCUCUUUACAGCGGAUGCAUUGCGGGCAGCUUUGUUGUCGCUGCGAAGUGUGGUGGCCCUAAGGGUGCAGGUGUUUCGUGCAAAUGGCUUACUGGGCACGCCAGUGCCUCAACCAUAUGUGUUCUACACCACAUCUGCGCCAGUUGGACUAAGCUGCGUGCGAGACACGGUGGUGCGUCCUUCCUCGAAGCCUUUCACGACUGACCCGGUCUUUGACGCAGACCCCGUCGAUCAUCGAUUGGUCGUCGAUCGAGAGCUUGUUGAGUUCAUUGCGGGGGGCGCCGUCGUUUUUAUUCUUUUUGACGAGCAAGCGAAAGAUGUGCAAGCGAACCUGGGAGUGGCGGAGGUGCCGUUGCGGGCGCUAUUGGAGUCACCGCAGGCGGUGGUGCGCACAACGGAGGCUCUGCACCCACAGGGCACAAUUAGCGUCGGCCUGUCGUGGGUCUGCAGGGCAUAG